CACACGCCACACCGCCUCCACCUGUAUCCCUCAAUCACCGAUUUCGUCGAGCUCCCCUUCCUCCUCGUCCCCAACGGCGGCCGCGGCGGCGGCGGCGCGGCGGUCUUCCCUUCGUGGGACUCUCGACUGACGGUGCUACCGCUGGUAGGUGGGGGGGCGUUGGGUGGGGCCACGUACACCAGACGGCACCGGCGGGCAUGGACAAGUACGAGGAGGUGCGGGGCAUCGGGUCGGGCAACUUCGGGGUGGCGCGGCUGAUGCGCAACCGCGAGACCGACGACCUCGUCGCCGUCAAGACCAUCGCGCGCGGCGAUCACCGGAUUAACAAGAGCGCCUACCGGGAGAUCAUCAACCACCGCUCGCUGCGGCACCCCAACGUCAUCCAGUUCAUAGAGGCGAUCCUAACUCCCACUCAUCUUGCAAUCGUGAUGGAGUAUGCGGCUGGUGGAGAACUCUUUGAUCGAAUUGUUGAUCAAGAACGAUUUAGUGAGGAUGAGGCCAGAUAUUUCUUCCAGCAGUUGAUCUGUGGUGUAAGCUACUGCCAUCACAUGAAAAUAUGCCAUAGAGAUUUGAAGCUGGAGAAUGUUCUCUUAGAUGGCAGUGAUGCUCCUCGCUUGAAGAUAUGUGAUUUUGGGUACUCCAAGUCAUCGGUGUUGCAUUCAAGGCCGAAAUCAGCAGUGGGGACUCCAGCUUAUAUUGCGCCAGAGAUACUACACCUCCAGGAGUAUGAUGGGAAGAUUGCAGAUGUAUGGUCGUGUGGGGUUACUCUCUAUGUCAUGCUUGUGGGAGCCUACCCAUUUGAAGACAAGGAUGACCCCAAGAAUAUCAUGAAGACCGUCAAGCUAAUAAAAGCAAUACAAUAUGAGAUACCAGAGCAAGUCCACAUAUCUACCGAUUGCAGAGAACUCAUAUCACGAAUCUUUGUCAGCGAUCCAUCAAAGAGAAUCACCAUGAACGAAAUAAAGAAACAUCCAUGGUUCUUGAAGAAUUUGCCGAGAGAGCUCACAGAAGAGGCACAGUCUGUCUACUUCACGAAGAAAGACAAUAUCCCUGCUUUCUCGGACCAAACUAGUGGAGAAAUCAUGACGAUAAUGCAAGAAGCACAGAGAAUACCCAAAUCAUUUGGCGAUGGCUAUAUCGAUUACAGAUCAGAUGAGGAGGAAAAGCAGGAAGAGGAGGGACCAGAAGAGAAUGAGGAAGAAGAUGAACGUGACAAGAUCCUAAGGGAGGUCCAUGAGAAGGACAUGCUGGGUAUGAAAGCACUUAGCAUCGGCUAGAUGCUGCUUGUAAGGUUGGAGGGUGUGUUGCUAAAUUGCCUCAGCCUUGCUACGUAAGUGCUUGCGUCUGGAAGGUUGAAUGCAAUUCUGGCUGCAGUUAUACACCGUAAGUCUAAAUUAAUUCCGUUUUGCAUCCUGUAACAUAAUUUUAAUUGAACUGUAUGUGUGAUCUUAGAUUUAUUCUGAAGGAGAGAUGUUCUGUACAUGGAAUACAUUUGGUCAUCUUUCCGAUAAAGAGAUUUUUGGAUAAUUUGGAGUGUAAUGUGCCGGUGAGCAUCAGCCUAGCCUUUGCUUCAUGGCUUGGCGAAAGCCUAAGGAGGAUCUCUACCAUGUUUAGGGUUCAUCUGAAAUGACCGCUAUCAUUGUUGGCACGGCCAGAAAGGCAGAAACCAGUCGAGUCUUUGCAAUUACCUCGACGAUUUCAGCUCUGGCUGCCGCUGUUCAAACCAGAUGCAGCCGGCAGCCAUUUGCAACUGGCGCGGCUGCGGCAGAAAUCACAGCCGAACACGCUCAAUUUUAUUUUUUUUUUUUGGAGAAAGCACGCUCAAUAGCUUUAAUGUUGUACAGUUUGUACACUACAACAUGGCAGUACCUUUCAAGAUCAAUCUAUUCAUCA